GCCUGAUCUUCAUAAGCAAUUUCUUCAUCAACAACAGCAGCAAGAAUAAGAACAAUGGCGAUGGCAAGCCCCAUCGAUGUCUUCCUUGUCAGCAUGUUGGUGCUCAACCUGUUGACCGUCACCACUUCUCAGGCAGGAGACCCGGCGAUGCCCAAUCAAGCAGAAACAAAAUUUUGUGUGCCAAAACCAGAAGUUGAUGAUAAAACCUUGCAAACAAACAUUGACUAUGCCUGCGGUAGCAACGUUGUGGAUUGCAACCCAAUUAAAGUUGGUGGAGAUUGCUUUGAACCUGACACUCUGAAAUCUCACGCAACUUUUGCCAUGCAUGCUUACUACGUCGCCAAUGGCCGCAAUGACCACAACUGCGAUUUCGCUAGCAGUGGAAUGCUCACCACUCAGAAUCCAAGCUACGACAGGUGUGUCUACCAGUGAGAUCACAGGGGGGAAGAUUUACCAGAUCAUGGGCCUCUAUGCUAAUUUUCUGA